CAGAUAACAUAACAUAGCAGUGAUUUGGUUUGCAGAGAGUUCACAGUGAAGUGAAACCAUUCCAUCGUCUUUGUGCCUUCCUUGGAUAAUCACUCUCAACCAUGCAAGCAGCAUUGGCAGCCAUGGCUGCUCACACUAUUCUCUCAUUCCAAGCUCCUCUCUCUUCUUCCUUCCCACUCCCACCUCCUCCUCAAUCCAUAGCCCUUCCUACCACUUCCAAGAAAGCCGUUGCACUCCUCAAGGGAAGUUCCUCCGUCCAAGGCAUUGUCACACUAAUCCAGCAAGACAACGGUCCAACAACUGUUACUGUUCGUGUUUCUGGUCUUGUUCCCGGCCCUCAUGGUUUUCACCUCCAUGAGUAUGGUGAUUUGACAAAUGGGUGCCUAUCAACUGGGCCACAUUUCAGUCCUAAGAAAUUCACACAUGGUGCUCCGGAGGAUAAAAUUCGUCAUGCGGGUGACCUUGGAAACAUAGUUGCUAAUGCCGAUGGAGUCGCAGAAGCAACAAUUGUGGAUAAUCAGAUACCACUAUUUGGACCCAAUUCAGUGGUUGGAAGAGCCUUAGUGGUUCAUGAGCUUGAGGACGACCUUGGAAAGGGUGGGCAGGAACUUAGCUUGAGCACAGGAAAUGCUGGGGCAAGAUUGGCCUGUGGUGUGGUUGGUUUGACUCCAGUGUAAACACAACUAAUGUUUUUGUAGAAGUUGUGCUUUAUCUGUUGCUUGAUUUCAUCAAUUUACCCAUGUAAGCUCUGAAGCAUAACAUCCUUCUAAAGAUGAAUGCAAAAUGGAAUCCUGAAGAGAUGUGGUACCAGAUAUUCGUCUAAUAAAAUUAUACUUCUAAUGAAUUUCUUGUGAAUAAGCCACUGCCGAAUGUUUUUACUGCAGUGUUCCAAGUAUAUACUGAUGUUUUAUUCAGAAUGACUCCAUAUUGCAUGUAUAUAGAAGAUGACUUUUGUAGAGUUUGGCCUGUGAAACAGCUUAUAUAUAUAUAUAUAAUGGUGUAACAA